ACAAACACUCGGCGUUCGAGAUCUAGAGCUUCUACAUCAUUACGCAAUACGGACAUCCCUUACUCUUUCGGCUGAAGAGACACUAUCAAUAUGGCAGGUGAACGUGCCCGAAGAGGCUAAAAGCCAUCUGUUUCUUAUGCACAGUCUCUUGGCGCUGUCUGCGCUGCAUCUAUCCUAUGUUCAUCCCGAGAAGCGUGACCAGUACUUUAAUGUCGCCAACCAGCAACACGAGCAAUCUCUUGCCUCUUUUCGGUCUUCAGUCACAGCCAUAACUGCGGACAAUGGUAGCGCGGUCACGGCCUUCACAUUCCUAACUGUCGUCUUUUCGGUCGGUCUUCCCCUUGUAUACGGUUUCGCCAGCACGCCCAAUCCAACAUCGACAUUCACCGACGUGCUCCAAGUCCUGCGAACAGCAUGGUCUGCCAUGGACCCCGUUCUUCCAAGCAUUGAAAAGGGGGCUCUGGGUCCACUGUUUAUACAGCCAAAUAAAGGCGAUAGAAAAUGUGGUAUGCAUAUCAAGGGCAACGAGGUGCUCAGGUUCCUUGUGAACAUGAACGACACAUCCAACGAUUCCGAUGCCUACAAAGCUAUAUACCGAGAUGCAAUGGCUGCUCUCCACAAGUUCUUCACUCAGAUCCGCGAUACACCACCUUUGUGGGGCAACUCAUUGAUAUGGCCAACUGUUGUGUCCGCCGAGUUCUUCGAACUCCUGCAACAACGACGACCUUUCGCCUUGGUUCUGCUCGCACAUUGGUGUAUACCGGUCUACCGAUCGCCUAGCCUCUGGUUCAACGCAUGGGCUAAAAACAUUGUUGCUGAUAUCUUGACGAUGCUGGACGACGAGUUCAAAGACGCUAUGUUUUGGCCAGCAGAGCAAGUCGGCCUCGUCCCUCUCGAUCUACAUCAAAGUUUGUGCCCAUGUUUGGAAUGUUCUCCGUAUACUUCAGUCUUAAUUUGGGAAGAUUCCAAAGCAGCACUCUUAGUAUAGAUGGCUUCAUGUCAAGGACUUACUCUGCAGUGAGCGCGUUGGGGUG